AUGGAUGAAAUUGCAAUAAAAUAUGAAUUUCCUAAUGAAGACAAUCAAUGCUCAGUCUGUCUAAGUAUUGGAAGGAAAUUGUUUCCAUUAGAACAGUGUGUGAACGUGUUUAGGCUUCUAACUUCGGAAUUAGAAGUUUAUAAUAACAUUCCUUUAGAAAAUAUAAGGAUAUGCUGGGAGUGCCGUGCCUCUCUCUGCAAGGCUGUCAAGUUUCAGCAGCAAGCUGUGAAAGCUAAUGAAAUGCUGCAGUUAGGUCAGAGCUACAUCUACGGCACACAAUCUACGCUUGCAACUGUCAUUUUAAACGACUCCCAUCCACAUACAAUAUACAUAAAUGAUAUCAAUAUACAGACAGAUUUAAAGACUUGUGAUAAAUAUAAUGAUGAUCUUGAUGAUGUUGAUGACGGCGAUGGUAGAAGUGAUCAUGAGGAUAAGGAAACUGUUCCUGAUGAUGACUUCAAAGAAGAAGAGGUGGUGGAAAAUACAGCACCACAGAUAAAACCGAAAAACAACCGCUGGGCGAAGAAAAGAGCUUUACAAAAUAAAAAACCGAAAUUCAAAAUCAUUAUGAAAGACAAGAACUGCUUUAGAAGAGAACAGAUAGAUGAUGUAGAUGUUAGAAAAUGUAUGGAGAGUGAAAGAGAUAGCGAAUAUUUUAAAUCUAAAAGAUAUAAGUGUGAUAAUUGUGUUGUUGUGUUUGAAAAUGAAGAUAUUUUGAAGAAUCAUAAUGAAAUGUUUCAUGAAAAGGUAACACAAUACAUCUGUGAUAUAUGUACGUCCCAUAUAAAAUCGAAGAGACAACUCUGUGAACAUAUAAGACGCCAUUACAUAAAAUAUAAGUGUAAUAUAUGCGAAUAUACAUGUUAUAGCAAGCCUCAUAGACUAUAUCAUAUAGAGAAACUACAUGGACGAAUAUUUCAAUGUUUAAAAUGUCGACUGAAAUUUGGGAGUAGAAAAGAAUUUUUCAAACAUUACAAGGGUUGGCACGAGAAGUUCAUUUGUGAUUACUGCGGCAUUACUUUCAAGAUGAGGUACUGCAUUAAGGACCAUAUUAGAAAACAACACUCGCCAUUCGAAUGCAAGCCGUGUAACAAGAAAUGGGCUCGGUACAAUGGACUAUGGCUACACAACAAGACGACACACACGGCACACAAUACAGCGUACUGCGUGGAGUGCGACCGACAGUACAGGGAUAUAUACAGAUACCGGUGGCAUAUAGCUAAUAGUGCUAGACAUACGAAACGUAAGAAACAUAGGAUUCCAUGCCCGGGUUGCGACAAGAUAUUCUCAAAAAACAUCUACAUGAAAGAUCACUACAACUUGGUUCAUUUGAAGUGUUAUAAGUAUCGCUGCGAGCAGUGUGAUAAGAACUUCAUCAGGAAUGCAGAUUUAGUGAAGCACACAAGACGCGUCCACGAAGGUAUAUUGCCACCGAAAAAUAAAAUAUGCUAUAUGUGCGGCCGUGGGUUUACUACCAACAAGAUAUUAACGAACCACCUUCGUACCCACACAGGCGAGAAGCCCCACGUGUGUUCUAUAUGCAACGCGCGGUUUGCACAGAGCACUGCCUUGUCCGCGCAUGCGCGAGCCAUACACCAUACAAGCAAAACUACGUAG